AUGACGGGUUCCUCUAUUGACGAGAAAUUGUGCCAUCCUUACAAUGACACAGGUUGGUCGUUCGAACAACUUAGUACAGGAGGUAUCAAGAGCAGUGAUCUUGCUCAUUGGAAUGCACCAGUAAACAUUAUUGAUGAGUAUGAACAUUUUCUUCUAACAAACAAUGAUGAAUUACGCCUUUCGCGCUUUUGCAACUGUACAGGCAAAAUGUACUUUGGUACGCAAUGCCAGUACACAUUUGAUGUAAUAGAUGAAUCGUUCGAGGCUUUACUUUCAUCUCACUUUGCCAAUCUACAAUCGAUAACUGUAGACGAAGCAAUAACAAUGGAAGAUGCAGAUGUGACGUGCUACAAACGAGAUGCAUCUUGUAACGGUGGAUGCCUUGACUGGCGUCAAAUUUGUAAUGGGAUUGCUGAUUGCAAUAAUGGUGACGAUGAAACAUCAUGCGGGUUACUCGAAUAUAAUGAGUGUUUUAUGGAUGAAUAUCGAUGUCGAUCUGGUCACUGUAUACCAAUUAUGUUUGCAUUUGAUACCACCAUUGAUUGUGCUGACGGUAGCGAUGAGGUGGAACUUAUUUACCCAUUUGAUCGCCUUGCUAAAUGCUACCGCAAUAUCCCAAACAUGUUUUGUGAUGAUCAUAACGAUGCCUGGAUGAUGUUUCCAUGUGGCGACGGCGAAAUAAUUGACAGUCCACUGUUCAGUUGUGAAAAUCAACGUCAUGUUCGAACAUUACAGCAAUUGUACGCUGGUGAUGUUACACUGUGUUGGCAGUAUAUGAUAUGUGUACAGUAUUUGGACUUUUUAUUUCCAUUGCUGGUCAACUGCAAUGAUCUAUGCGGUGAAAGCGGGGACUGUUUACCUACGAUACCACUGGCAUGCCGAGACAGUACAGUCAUUUUUCCGCCAAAACCAGUUAAUGUACAUCCUCCUGUCUAUUUCGUUUACCAAACGAACAUGAGCGAAAGACGUUUUGUGCCAGAUUUCAUUUGUUAUAAACAAUGUGAUCACCUUUAUCCACCGAGUUUAAAAUUGCAUGGCUACUCAUGUCGAUCAUUCACGGAAUUUACCGGUGAACCAUUUCAUGUACUUGAAUCAUUUUUAAAAAUAUUCACCAGUAUUCUCCAUCUAUUCGCUGGAUGCAUCAAUAAUAUUGCGGUGAAUCAUACUUCUGCAAUAUUUCACUGCCCACUAACAAAUCGAGGUAUUUCUUCUCAUCGUAUCAAAGAUACAUUUAUAGAUUGUCAUUUAUCCUUGGAUGAAACAUUCAAUGGGAGCACUUGUGCAUUAAACCUCACUCAACGAUUUCAAUGUUGGACACGUUCUGAUGAAUGCAUUCCUUUUCGUCUCGUACAGGACAGUGCAGAACAAUGUUCAGACCAUUCUGACGAAGUUUACCCACUGACAUGUGAUUACGGAACGGAGCAAGCAUGUGACUAUAAGCGUGGACUUAGCCAGCCUACAAUUCCUCAUUAUCAAUUUGAGGAUCUCUGUGAUGGAAAAGAGAGCAAAUCAUCUUUGUCCUGGCUGCUAAAUGGUACGGAUGAGACCGAUUGUGAAGAUGCUUGGUGUUUAUUGUCACCAUUGACACAAUGUGAUGGUUAUUGGAAUUGCGUAGAUGGUAGAGAUGAACUCAAUUGCUCCCUAAGCUCUGUGUCUGUUGGUGUAAAAGCAGCCCUACUAGUACACAAUUUAAGUGGAUGUACUAUGCUUGAACAUUUUUGCUUACCUGUUUCCAGUUCAUCAGGAAAUACAUUACGGCCGUGUCUAGCAGUAUCACGUAGAGGUGAUGGUCAUAUUGACUGUUGGGGUGCAACUGAUGAGCGAUGUAGCUUUUGUAAUUAUACGACGAUAAGCUUGGAACAACAUUAUCGUUGUGCUGGCGACAGUAAUAUAUGUAUUGGCUGGAAAAAAAUUUGCAACGGACACAAUGAUUGCCCAGUAGGUGAUGAUGAAAAAGUAUGCGACUGGCUUCCGAUAUUGGUUAACGAAAGUUAUUUUUACUGUCGUAACGGUACAAUAAUCGAUCGGCAUGACAGGCAAUGUAAUGGUCGUAUAGAUUGUGAAAAUGGUGAAGACGAGUGGUUCUGCGACAUGAGAAUACCCAGAUCUCAUGAUGCAAGACUUAUUAAUUUUAACGAAGAAAAUUAUCCAGUCUAUCCUAUAAACUUAUCCAACGGCAUCAUAUCACAUGUUCACAAUAUCCAAAUACACCGUUCUGUUACAUCGUUAGUGACGUCUGGCUGGUACUGCAAUCGUGGUUUUCCGAUUAAAAAUCGCGGACAACGUCGUUGUUUAUGCCCACCUAGCUAUACGGGUGCACGUUGUGAAAUACAACGUGAUCGAGUUUCACUCUUUUUGCAAGUCAUUUCAUCUGCAUCACUUCAGCCUUAUCAGCACAUAAAACGUAUUAAAUUCUAUUUACGGGCAUGUACUAGCAAUCUUACACGUUGUUUUCACGAUGAAGUUUAUCUAUGCUUUUGUCCUGAUGAAAAUAAGAGAAUACCCAGUUGCAUCACCUAUGAUCACACCCGCGAAACAUGUAAAGAACCCAGCUAUUGUCUCAAUGGUGGUUUAUGUAUUGAAAAUCGUCGUAAGGGUAUAGUAGAGUUUUCAUGUUUGUGUCCAGCAUGCCACUAUUAUGGCUCGUUAUGUCAGUUUUCGAUUGGUCAACAAGGUAUCUCACUGGAUGCAUUAGUCGGAGUCGAAAUACGUACAGGCAGGCUUUUAUCAGAACAGUCUAUACUGAUCAAACUGAGUAUGAUUAUUCUCACUAGUAUGAUUGUCAUUGGCUUUGUUGGAAAUACAUUGGCGACUGUGACAUUUGCUCGGAAAAAAUCGCGAAAAGCUGGAUGUGGUUGGUAUUUACUUGUGACGUCAAUGUCCAAUCAGUGUACAUUGGUAGUAUUCGCCUUACGGUACAUAUAUCUUCUUGUUACUCAAACAGUAGUUUGGAAUAAUCGGACUCAGUCACUUAUCCUAUGCCAAUGUCUCGAACUUGGACUUGCAGUCUUGCCGAAUUUGUCUAAUUGGCUGUCGGCAUGUGUAAGUGUGGAACGAACAUUUACAAUAGCACGCGGUGCUUUAUUCAAUACUUCAGCAAGUGUACGUACUGCUAAACGACUUUGUAUUAUACUUCCUCUAAUAUUUACUGUCAUGGCUAUUCAUGAGCCUAUGACUCGACAUCUUAUUGAAGAUCCUCGUCUCGGUCGCUAUACCUGUCCAUCGUGUACAAUUCAAUGGGAUUCCAAUCUAUUUAAUUGUGAUUUUCCAUGUUAUUAUGAAGAAAAAUUUUAUAUUUAA